UUGCUUCUGCUUCUCUCCCCAUCAUUCUUCUAUAAACACUAGGAAAGGGGGAAACGGGGUAAGACGCCACAUCCGCGCGUUGUCUGUUUUAUUUUUUACGGUCUACACUCCAGUUUUGGCGUUCCGAGGUAGCUAUUGAAAUACGUCGGUAAAUGGUUUUUCCUUCCCACACAAGUGAUUUUUUCCCUCCCUUUUUUAAAAAAAAUUUUUUUCUUUAAGCAACGCUAGUCCUGUCUGUGGAGAUUAAAGAAGAAAGAUGCGUUUCCCUUCACCCGCAGUUUUUCUUGUUCGGUUGCAUCUUUGCGUACACUUGGGCUGUGUUUUUCAAGUGGCCUGCCAGCAGCCCCGACGAGACCCUCCUCCCCCAGCCUUCUGGAGGCAAAAGAUUCAGUGGGAGAACAAUGGGCAGGUGUUCAGCCUCCUGAGCCUCGGCUCUGAGUAUCAGCCUCCACGCCGGAGGGACUCGGCCACCCAUUCCUCCGCCACAUCCUCAGCUUCCUCCUCGCUUCCCCAGACGCCAGUCCUGUUGCUCAGAAACAACAGCACUUCUCCACGCUCUCGUCCACAGCCGUCUGUAGGCGCCCAGGUCCACGACAGCACAAACAGCAGGAGGCAGCCAGAGGCGAGGCACUGGUUCCAGGCUGGUUACCAGCCGUCUGGCCAGAGGUACCAGGGCGGAUCCUCGGAGUCCACUUCCUCAGCCGCUGCCACCACCACCAUCACCAGCAACCCCGGGGGCCGAACUCGGGGCUCCAUCCCUGCGGCCAGGGAUGGCAGUCGGACUCCUGCCAGUAGCCGCCCCACCCUGAGCAACCUCAGAGCUCCUAGCCGAAUAGAUGGCAUGAUGAGCGAUGACCCUUACAACCCUUACAAGUACUCAGACGACAAUCCCUAUUACAACUACUAUGACACUUACGAGAGGCCACGUCCGGGAAGCAGGAACAGACCUGGCUACGGCACUGGAUACUUCCAAUAUGGUCUCCCAGACCUGGUGCCAGAUCCCUACUACAUUCAGGCGUCCACGUACGUGCAGAGGAUGUCCAUGUACAACUUGAGAUGUGCUGCAGAGGAAAACUGCCUUGCCAGUUCAGCAUACAGGUCAGAUGUCAGAGACUAUGAUAACCGGGUGCUGCUAAGAUUUCCCCAACGAGUGAAAAAUCAAGGCACAUCAGAUUUUUUACCAAGUCGACCAAGAUAUUCAUGGGAGUGGCACAGCUGUCACCAACAUUACCACAGUAUGGAUGAAUUCAGCCACUAUGACUUACUUGAUGCCAGCACUCAGAGGAGAGUGGCUGAAGGCCAUAAAGCAAGUUUUUGCCUUGAGGAUACUUCCUGUGAUUAUGGAUACUAUAGACGAUAUGCCUGUACAGCACACACACAAGGUCUGAGCCCUGGGUGCUAUGAUACCUAUAAUGCAGAUAUAGAUUGUCAAUGGAUUGAUAUUACAGAUGUAAAGCCUGGAAACUACAUUCUGAAGGUCAGUGUAAAUCCCAGCUAUUUGGUGCCUGAGUCUGAUUACUCAAACAAUGUUGUACGCUGUGAUAUUCGAUACACAGGACAUCAUGCAUAUGCCUCUGGUUGCACAAUUUCACCGUAUUAAGAGGCAAAAAAAAAAGAAUAAAAUAUGAAAGUAACGGAUGAACCAGUGCCCGAUGCUUCGAACUGAAAAAAAAAGAGAGAAAGAAAAGAAAAGCAAUCUAGAUUAACUUCAGUAGGAUGUUAAUGUUUGGAAAAGAGCACAGAAAAUACAAAAGGAAUUAUUAUUUGGACUGCUUAAUGUCAAAACAACUGGAUUUUGAAAUUGGGAAUAUUUUGAUUCACGCUUAUGAUAUAAUUAUGAUCUUUGGUUAAUUAUGCAAAGUGUUUCAAGUUACCCAGUUAACUUGCCUACAAGGUUUGCCAACAAACCAACAAAAUAUUUGUUCCAUUGAACUUUUAAUGAAUGAGCUAAAAUUAUUUUGUGCUCAAAUAUUUUUAAUGUUCUAAAUUACAACAAUUUGUAAACACUACAAAAAAUUAAUUUGGAAAUGUUAAUCCUAUCAUUACUCCUACAAAUAAAUAUGGAAAUAUUUGGUGCUGA